GCCGCCGGCUUCGCUCGCUCUCCUCCAGCCUGCGUGCGGCCCAGCGGCGGCGAGAGGAUGGGCACGGGGGACUUCAUCUGCGUUUCCAUGACCGGAGGGGCGCCCUGGGGCUUCCGCCUGCAGGGCGGCAAGGAGCAGAGGCAGCCCCUGCGAGUGGCCAAGAUCCGAAGCCAGAGCAAAGCCUCGGGGUCCGGGCUGUGUGAGGGCGAUGAAGUGGUCUCCAUCAACGGCCACCCGUGCGCCGACCUCACCCACCCCCAGGUCGUCGAGCUCAUGGAGAGCGUCGCGGACUCUCUGCACAUGCUCGUCAAACGACCCUCCGGUGGGAUGAGUGAGGCUUUGGUCUCUGACACGGACACCAGAGUCCAGCAGCAUGUCCCCCGGGAGGGGUGCGUGCAAAGUACCACCCUGCAGAUCCGGCCGGCCCCACCCAGCCAGGACAGGGAGCCGCGCAUCGCCCCCGCCGGGAGUGGAGCCGCCCUCGCCGAGGACCAAGGAUGGGGCCCUGCUUUUCCUGGGAGCGGAAAAGAAGAAACAGGCCCGGGCUACCCUGAGACACCCCACACGCCGCACGCCCUGCGAGGAUCCCCCCCGGACGAGCUGGCCUCGGGGGAGAAGACAGAUGCGGGCUGGCCGGGCCCUGUGGUGGAGCUGCAGCUGUCCCUGUCACAGGAGGUGCACACAGGCGCUGGUGGCCCUGUGGUGGCUCUCCUGGGAGCUGAGAAAUCUAAGUGUCCUGACCCAGAUCCUAACUUAGACCGCAGCGGGAUUGCCCACAUAAAUUCAGCCCCCUCUGGGGAGAAAGGGGGAGUUUGUCUGAGGUCCAGCAAGAUCAUCCAGAUCCGCAGCGGCCGAGCGCCGAGAGUGGCCCCGGGGGAGGAGGCAGGGGACCCGGGGCUGCCCCGAGUGGAAGUGAUCUUCGACUGCGCUGCCAGGCAGCAGGCAGAAGGGUGCAGGCUGCCGGCAGGAGCAGGGGGUGUGGACUCCCCGGGGGAAGGAGGGCCGUCGGAAGCACCUCCUUCUCUGGUAGCCUUUGCUGUCUCGUCAGAAGGCACGGAGCCGGGGGAAGAGCCGCGCUGCGGCAGGGAUCACAGCAGACCUCACAGGCACAGAGCACGCCACGCACGGCUGCGGCGCAGCGAGAGCCUCUCGGAGAAGCAGGUGAAGGAGGCCAAGUCCCGAUGCCGGCGCAUCGCACUGCUGCUCACGGCCGCGCCCAGCCCCCACUCGCGGGGCGUGUUGAUGUUUAAGAAGCGGCGGCGGCGGGCCAGGAAGUUCACGCUCGUCAGCUACGGCACCGGGGCGCUGCGGCGGCCGGAGGACGCGGGCGGCGCGGAGGACGGCGACGGCGACAGCCCCUGCGAGGGAGCGCUGCUGGGCGCCAGCGAGUCGGACGGGGACGAGGAGCUGCUGUCGGACAGCGACGACAGCGCCCAGGUCGUGGCCUUCGACUGGGAUUCCGGGCUCGGGGACAUUGAGAAGAAGCUGACCGGCGGGGACAAGAUGGAGAUGCUGCCGGAUACCUCGGGCAAGGGGGCCCUCAUGUUCGCCAAGAGGAGGGAGAGGAUGGACCAGAUCGCCGCCCAGAGGGAGGACGCGGCCGGCGCGCAGGCCGACGGCCCGAGCGCGGGGACUUCCUACCGACCUGCGGAGACGGCCCUGGCGCCGGCGCAGAGCUGCGUGAGCAGGAGCUACAUCGAGGUGAGCCCCGGCCCCGGCCUCGGGCCCCAGCACAACGGCUUCGGGGCGGCGCCCUACACGGCGGAGGCCCCGAGGGUGGCCCCCACGAACAGGACGGCCCGGCCCUUCCCGGGGUCCGGCGCUCAGCCCGCAGCCGCCUUCCCCCCUGUCCGCAGCGUGACAAGCCCCACGGCUGACUUCCCCGCUCCCCCGCCCUACUCCGCGGUCACGCCUCCGCCCGGAGCACCGGCCCGCCCAGCGAGCAUCCCCGGGGCCGCCCCCGCGCAGCCCCCGCCCUGGCCGCAGCCCGCGCCCUGGUCGCCGGAGCGCAUCGCCUCUCGGGACGAGAGGAUCUCCGUGCCUGCCAAGAGGACGGGCAUCCUGCAGGAGGCCAAGCGCCGGAGCACCGCCAAGCCCAUGUUCACGUUCAAGGAGCCCAAAGUCAGCCCGAACCCCGAGCUCCUGUCGCUUCUCCAAAACUCGGAGGGCAAGCGCGGCGGGGUGGCUGGGGGCGACUCGGGCCCGGAGGAAGACUACCUCAGCUUAGGCGCAGAGGCCUGCAAUUUCAUGCAGAGCCCCUCGGCCAAACAGAAGACCCCCCCUCCCGUGGCUCCGAAACCGGCAGUCAAGUCCUCCUCCCAGCCGGUGACGCCGGUGACGCCGGUGACGCCGGUGUCUCCAGUCUGGUCACCGAGCUUGGCUCCAACCCACCCUCCUGCCUUCCCCACAGCCGCCCAGUCACAGGGCACAGUUGCAUCAUCCAUCAAAAUAGCCCAGCCGUCCCCCACUCCUGCCCGGCCCGCCAGUGCCCUCAGCCUGGCCGGUCCCUUCCGGGGACCCCAAGCAGCAGUGGCCAGCGUGAACUACGCCGCCAACACAGCCAAGCCAGCGGCCCCCGUGCCCGCAGGGGGCGCCGGGCACACAGGUGCAGCGGGGCCGUCCGGCGAGCUUCCCGGAAUGCAGGGCAAAGGGGCCCAGCUCUUCGCCAAAAGGCAGUCGAGGAUGGAGAAGUACGUGGUGGACUCGGACACCGUGCAGGCCCACGCCGCCCGCGCCCAGUCCCCCACCCCGUCGCUCCCGGCCGGCUGGAAGUACUCCUCCAACGUCCGUGCGCCGCCGCCCCUGGCCUACAACCCCAUCCUCUCGCCCUCCUACCCCCCGGCCGCCGUCCGGUCCCAGGCGUCGGCCCCGCAGGCCUCCAGGCCCAGCAAGAAGAAGGGCAAGAAGCCCCUCAACGCUUUGGAUGUCAUGAAGCACCAACCGUAUCAGCUGAACGCAUCCUUGUUCACUUUCCAGCCUCCAGAUGCAAAGGCUGGUCCCCCGCAGAGAGCACCCACCAAGGCCAACUCGGUGCCGGCCAUGAAGCCGGCGCCGCCGCCCGUGGCGGUGAAUGCCGGCUCUCCUGCCAGCCUGCAGGGCGCGUCCGCGUACUCGGCGCCAGCGCGCAGCCCCCCACCAGCCUUCUUCCCGGAGGCCGCCUCGCCGGUCAGCGCAUCCCCGGUGCCCAGGGGCGUCCCCGGCUCCCCAAAGCCGGAGUCAGCCUCCACGUCGUCUCUUCUGGCCCCGAGGCCCAAGUUCUCAGCCAAGAAAAGCGGUGUCGCCGUGCAGGAGAGCGGACGCUCCCUGUCUCUUCCUGGAAGGCCAGCCCUACCCGCCAUUUCUGCCGCACCCCCUUGGGCACACCCGCCAGCCUGUGGCCGCCCCGCCGGGCCCGCGGACGGGCUGGAGAGAGCAGGCAAGAGACUGACUCCUUGGGACGUGGCAGCCAAGUCCCCUCUUGGUCUCAUCGACGAUGCCUUCGAGCCCAGAAACAUCCAGGAGGCCAUCGUGGCGAAUGUGGUCUCCGCCGCGUGGAGGAAGGUGCUCCCGGGGCCCUCAGAGGGAGGGGACAACUGGCUGUCCUGUGUCCCUGGAGCCCUGGAGGCUGGCGCGGGCUCGCCGGGAGGGCCAGAGUGCAAUGCUGCCGCCCCGCGCGGUCACCGAGCGCUGCCCCGCUUCCAGGCCGGCCCCCCAGGGCCCCAUGCACGUCGCUGGCAGCCCUUCAGGCCUGAGCCUGCAGGGAUGGCCCUGGCAACCAGGUCUGGCCACUGUCUCUCGGUGGCCGAUGGCACCUCUAACCCACGGCCCGGGGGGUGGAGGCGCCAACCGUGGAAGGCAGAAGAAUCGAGCACGUGCCCCGGUCACAGAAACUUUUAAAAACGCCCCUUGGCAGGGCUCCUGAAGGCUGCGUAGUCGCAGACACGCGCUGGCCUUAGCUUGCUCUCCGAAGUCACUUUCCUGAGUGUUCGCAAGUCCGCACACCCACGAGCGUGGACCAUUUCCCUGUCUGCCGAUGCACAGAGCAUGUCUUGGAAGAAAAUACGCAUUUUCUGGGUUGAUAUGCUGGCCCUUGUGUCUGAGUCGUAGUCUUCAUUCCUCUUACUCCACAGACAAGGGGUAGCGUACGCAGCGGAGCACCCUGCUCAGUUACAAUGAAAUGUGGCCCUUUCUCCCACGGGCCUGGGUCCCGGAAGGAGUUAGUGGGGUGCGCUGUGCUGAUUGCCGUCAGCGGUGGCACCGAGGGAGGGACACUGGGGAGGUGGCAAUGGGAGCGGGGCAGGGAACAGCGAUUAUACCUAAAGAUUUCCGUGGUGUUACUUUAAGCAUUUCUCGGAAACAUUUUAAAAAUCUAAUAAAAUUCCAAUUUUUUGCAGAGUUGAGAUAUAGGCAUUUUCAGAAAGAAUGACAUUUCCGAGAGUAACAUGAUCAUACGCUGUAGAGGGCCUUUUGAAGUGCAUGGUAUAGUGCGUGGGGAAUAGAAAGAUUUAGGGGUAGGGUUUAUUCUUCGUCUGCUUAAAGCCAGCAGCCUGCCACAGGGACCGUAGG